AUGUUCUCAUUAACAUCUAUCUAUCUAUCUAUCUAUCUAUCUAUCUAUCUAUCUAUCUAUCUAUCCCAUUCUGUUCAUAUCUAUCUAUCACAUUCUGUUCAUAUCUAUCUAUCUAUCUAUCUAUCUAUCUAUCUAUCUAUCUAUCUAUUUAUUUAUCUCAUUCUGUUCAUAUCUAUCUAUCUAUCUAUCCAUCUAUCUAUCCCAUUCUUUUUUUUUGCGUUUUUUUUUUUUUUUCACUAUUUUUCAUCCAAAUUUUAUCUUCUUUCGUCCCUUUCUUUCUUCCUUCCUUUCUUUCUCUCUUUCUUUCUUUCUUUCUCCCUUUCUUCCUUUCUUUCUCCCUUUCUUUCAUUCUUCCUCCCUUUCUUUCUUCCUUCCUUUCUUUCUUCCUUUGUUUCUCCCUUUCUUUAUUUCUCCCUUUUUUUAUUCCUCUUUCUUUCCUUCUUCUUUUCUUACCUUUUUCUUUCUUUCUUUCUUUCUUUCCGCUUAUUCUUUCUUCCUUUGUCUCUUUCUUUCUUUGUUUCUCCCUUUUCUUCUUUCUUUCUCCCUUUCUUUCUUUCUUUCUGCCUUUCUUUUUCUAUUCCUUUUUUUCUUUCCUUCUUCUUUUCUUACCUUUUCUUUCUUUCUUUCUUUCUUUCUUUCUUUCUUUCUUCCCACUCUUUCUUUCUUUCUUCGUUUCUUUCUUUCUUUCUCCCUUUCUUUCUUUCUCCCUUUCUUUUUCUAUUCCUUUUUCUUUCCUUCUUCUUUUCUUACCUUUUUCUUUCUUUCUUUCUUUCCUCUCAUUCUUUCUUCCUUCGUUUCUUUCUUUGUUUGUUUCUCCCUUUCUUUCACCCUUUGUUUUUCUAUUCCUUUUUCUUUCCUUCUUCUGUUCUUACCUUAACCUUUCUUUCUUUCUUUCUUUCCUCUCUUUCUUUUUUCCUUCGUUUCUUUCUUUCUUUGUUUCUCCCUUUCUUUCUUUCUUUCUUUCUUUCUUUCUUUCUUUCUUUCUCCCUUACUUUUUUCCUUCGUUUCUUUCUUCCUUUGUUUCUCCCUUUCUUUGUUUCUCCCUUUCUUUUUCUAUUCCUUUUUUCUUUCCUUCAUCUUUCUUUCUUUCUUUCUUUCUUUCUUUCUUUCUUUCUUUCUUCCUUGGUUUCUUUCUUUCUUUCUCCCUUUCUUUCUUUCUCCCUUUCUUUUUCUAUUCUUUUUUCUUUCCUUCUUCUUUUCUUACCUUUUUCUUUCUUUCUUUCUUUCUUUCUUUCUUUCUUUCCUCUCUUUCUUUCUUUCUCCCUUUCUUUCUUUCUUUCUCCCUUUCUUUUUCUAUUCCUUUUUCUUUCCUUCUUCUUUUCUUACCUUUUUCUUUCGUUCUUUCGUUCUUUUUUCUCUCUUUGUUUCUUUCUUCUUUCUUUUCUUUCUUUCUCUCUUCCUUCCUUUCUUUCUCUUUUCCUUCAUUUCUUUCUUUUUUCGUCUUUUGUUCCUUUCUUUCUCUUUCUUCUUUCUUCUUUCUUUCUUUCUUCCUUCCUUCCUCCUUUCCUUUCUUCCUUUAUUUCUUUUUUCCUUUGUAUCUUCUUUUUUUUUUUUUUCUUCCUCUCUUCCUUCCUUCCUUCCUUCCUUCUUUUUUUCUGUCUUUCUUUCUCCCUUUCUUUCUCUCUUUCUUUUUAUAUUUCUUUUUUCUUUCCCUCUUCUUUUCUUUCUUUCUUUUUUUCUAUCUUUCAUUCUCUCUUUCUUUCUUUCGUUCUUUGUUCCGUUCUUCCUUCCUUCCUUUAUUCAACCUUUCCUUCCUUUCUUUCUUUUUGUAGUUUCUUUUCUUCCUUUCUCUCUUACUUUUUUUUUUUUUCUUUCUUUCUUUGUCCCUUAUUUCUUUCUUUCUUCCUUCAUUUCUUUCUUUUUUUCCUCUUUCGUUCAUUUCUUUCUUUCUCUUUUCCUCCCUUUCAUUCUUCCUUCCUUGUUCUUUUCUUUCUUCCUGUCUUCUUACCUUUCUUUCUUCCUUUCUCUCUCCCUUCCCUUCUUUCUGUCUUACUUACUGUCUUCCUUUCUUUCUUUCUUUUUUCCUUUCCUAUCUCCAUUUCGUUCAUUCUUUCAUUCUUUCCCUUUUUACUAUUUCCCCCCUCUCCUAUCAUUUUUUUUUUUUUUCAUACUUAA